AUCCUGGACUUGGAGGACAUCUCAGCAACUGAUGUUCGUAUUGUGGAAGAACUUACCAAGUACUUUGGGGACAACAUCUUAAAGUACACAAUUCUUCUUCUGUGCCAUGAGGGUAAGGAGGAAGAUACAAGCUUGGAGGAUAGACUCCAAAAAGAUAGAAACCUCAGAGAGAUUAUGGACAAGUGUGGACACCAGUAUCAUCUGUAUAACAAGAAUUCUAUGGGAGCUACACAUUUGCUGGAGAGAAUUGAGAGUUUGGUGGCUGAAAAUGGGGACAGAUACUUUACUGAUAACAAUUAUAAGGAGAUAGAAGAUAGCAUUAAAAAACAGCAAUCAGUUAUUGAGAAUGAAAGAGCGAAAGAGAUAGGUAAAAGGCUUCGUGAGCUAGACGGCAUGUACCAGGGAGAGGAGCUGAAGAGGGAGAAAGACCAAUAUCUGAAGGGUGUCAGGGCUGCCGUUAGAGAAAAGGCUGAAAUGAUCAUUCAUGAACUCAGAUUUACCGCUCAGGCUAUAGAUAAUGCAGCAGCAGGGAAUAAAGGCCUAGAGGUAAAGGUACUGGGGCCGAUGGGAGCUGUUGGGGGAGGAGUAUUAGGGGCAGUGCUGGGGCCGAUGGGAGCUGUGUGGGGAACAAUAAUAGGGUCCGUGCUGGGGGUAGUGGUGGCUGGGAAAUUAUGGAGACUGCCUGCGGACUUGAGGAUCGUGCUGUUUAGCAGCAGAAGUCACUUACAGUUCAUCGUCUCAAACUGUAUCCUGGGACGGCAGGUGUUCAUGCCAGCUGAAGGCAGCCUUUCACAGAGUUUGAAGAAUCUUGGGGAGACAGAGGGCAGAAGAGUAUCAGUGAUCAACUCACCAAACUUCUUUGAGAAGGACCUUACACAGCAACAUAUCAAGAAGGAGCUGAAGAGAUGUGUGUGUCUGUCUUGCCCUGGACCCCAUGCUGUCCUUUUAACCCUGGACUUGGAGGACAUCUCAGCAACUGAUGUCCGUAUUGUGGAAGAACUUACCAAGUACUUUGGGGACAAUAUCUUAAAGUACACAAUUCUUCUUCUGUGCCAUGAGGGUAAGGAGGAAGAUUCAAGCUUGGAGGAUAGACUCCAAAAAGAUAUAAACCUCAGAGAGAUUAUGGACAAGUUUGGACACCAGUAUCAUCUGUUUAACAAGAAUUCUGUGGGAGCUGGUCCUUUGCUGGAGAGGAUUGAGAGUUUGGUGGCUGAAAAUGGAGACAGAUUCUUCACUAAUUACAAAUAUGAGGAGAUAGAAGGUAGCAUAAGAAAAGAGGAAACAUUCAUUGAGAAGGGAAGAGAGAAAGAGUUAAAGAAAAUGCUUUGUGAGCUAGACAGCAAAUACGAGGGAGAGGAGCUGGAGAGGGAGAGAGACCAAUAUCUGAAGGGUGUCAGGGCUGAAAUUAGAAAAGAGGCUGAACGGAUCAUUCUGGAUCGACUUGGGAUUGUCCUUUGGGUUGUGUAUUAUGCUGACUAGGUACUGGGAGGGGCAGUUCAGGGGCAGUUAGUCCGAGGAGUUAUACGGACAGUGUGGGGUGUGGUGGGCAGGAUAGCUGGAGCGUUAUGGAGAUACAUUAGACGUUUUUAUGCUGUUAACAUUAGAGGGCAUUAUUUUUAAUUUGUGUAAAUUUGAGUACAAUAGUGGUGUUACUUAUAAAUGUUUUAUUUUUAUAGGAAUAUUUUAGAGCAGUGCCAGUUAUUUGAGCGGGCCACUCACUUGAAUGUGAAGUACAAGAGAUUUUAUUGUAAUAAUGAAGUGAUGGAUGGAGGGGAACACAGUACUAUGAAUGCAGAGUGGGAAGCGAAGGAAGACGAGAAGGAUGGGGCCUGUUAUUGGGGGAAUGGAGAUUCCUGACUGUAUGGAAACCCGGCCACAAUCAGGCACAGGGAUCAGGGCUGGUGCCUGACUGAGUGACCCCAAGCUCACUUUAGAGGAGCAAAUCACAUGUGUAACAUGCUCAUUUUCAAUAUUUUCUGUAAAUAUAAAAAGUAUACUUUAUUUUAUAUCACAGUGAAAGCUAACAGGUUAAUUGCACAAUAAUUUUAAUGUCAUAACUGCAAAAUAAUAUGGCGUUAUUUUGAUACUCAACUGGGAUGACAGUAUGAGCAAAGGUUUUAAAUAGACUUAUUCCUUCCUGAAUCCAUCCUGAAAUAGGAUAAAUUAUGUUAAUUUUGUUUUUUAAUUUAUUAUUGUUUUGUGUAUAUACAGGCACUUUGUGACACUACAGAGAACUGAAUUUCACUUUGUUUUGGAUGAAUGUCACACUGUCAUGGUGUGCUGCUGAGGGGACAUGAAUGGAGGAUUAAUCAGUCUGGAUGUAGCUGCGGUUGUCGCUAGCCCCUGAGUUAGCUUCUCACAGGGAAGCUGACUGAGAGGGAAGGCGAGGAAAAUUUACUUGGAUAAUUUUUUUAAAUAAAUCAAUAAACAGAUACAUUAAUAAGAUAGUACUGUAAUUUACAAUAUUUGUUUUAUUUUAUUGCAGCUAAUAGCUUAAAAUUGUAAUUAAAUGCACUUUAAAUGGUUACCAGUCUUCUGUUUUUAGAGCCUUUGGCCUAAUGGUUGUAGAUUUACAUGAGCAGAUACUAAUCUAGCAGCAGAGAGGCUCCAACGGGAUCUGGAUUUAAUUAGCGAAUGGGCUGAUACUUGGCAGAUGAAAUUUAACACAGAUAAAUGUAAGGUAAUCCAUGCA